GACUUGGCUGACUGGGAAAAGUUGAAAGAUGAAGAACGACACUUCAUUUCUCAUGUUCUUGCAUUCUUUGCAGCCUCGGAUGGCAUCGUUAAUGAAAACUUAGUCGAGAGAUUUUGCCAAGAAGUCCAAGUUCCAGAAGCGCGCUGCUUCUAUGGUUUCCAGAUUGCAAUGGAGAACAUUCACAGUGAGAUGUACAGUCUUCUGAUUGAUACAUAUGUUAAGGACCCUACUGAACAGGCAAGGUUGUUCAAUGCAAUUGAGACCCUACCAUGUGUGAGGAAGAAGGCUGACUGGGCCCUAAAGUGGAUUGCUCAUGAGACUGCCUCGUAUGCUGAAAGGAUAGUUGCCUUUGCUGCAGUAGAGGGAAUUUUCUUCAGUGGUUCAUUUGCUGCUAUUUUCUGGCUAAAGAAACGCGGUCUUAUGCCUGGUUUGACUUUCAGCAACGAAUUGAUCUCUAGGGACGAGGGGCUCCAUACUGACUUUGCAUGCCUGAUGUUCAAACAUUUGGUAAAUCGUCCUUCAAAUGAGAGAGUCCGGGAGAUUAUUCUGGAUGCUGUUAAGAUUGAGCAAGAGUUCCUGACAGAUGCCCUGCCCUGCAACCUCAUUGGCAUGAACUGUGUCCUCAUGAGGCAGUACAUUGAGUUUGUGGCUGACCGAUUGCUCUUGGAACUGGGAUCCGAGAAGAUGUUCGGUGUUGAGAAUCCCUUUGACUUCAUGGAGAAUAUUUCACUUGAGGGCAAAACCAACUUUUUUGAGAAACGUGUUGGAGAAUACCAAAAGUGUGGUGUCAUGUCAGCUCCUGAGCAAAGGCACUUUACUCUUGAUGCUGACUUUUAGAGGGGUUAUUUCUUUCAUUAUUUAUUUUCUUUUCCAUUCCUUAUUUUCCAAUUUUCUGAAUAGUAAAAAACAUUGCCAAAGGUGUAGUGUCAUGUCUUCUGUGUUUAAUGCAUACUUCUGUUCAUUCUCCAUCUCAGUCUGUUUCUAACUCUUCCUUCCUUAUCUGACCAAAUUGGUGAUGUUUUAGCUUUCAUUCUGUCAGUAACUUUCCUCCAAUAUCCUAUUUUCAAACUAUUCCUUUUUCUAAUUUUAAUUUUCAAAAGGACAGUUCUUGCUGUUUUGGAUUAAAAUGUGUGGACAGGUCUGUAUACACAUGGAAGCAAUAAUGUGUGCAAUUACAUACAUUUGCUGAAAAAGCUUUAGCCAUGUACACAUACAAGUGUAUACAUGGACACACGUGUGCUCCUAAAUCAUCCAGUAAGAUUAUAAACACCUGUGUGUGUGUGUGUAUAUAUAUAUAUAUGUAAUUAUAUACACACAUGCAUAAGCGUACAUAUGAUUUCCUUUUAUAUAAAAGGCUUCAUGUUUUAUUACUGAGAAGUGAUUUUUUAUUAAAGGUAAAAAAAAAAAGGUAUAUGCAAGAAUUUUUAUAUGAAUUUUUAUAUGAAAAAAUAAAAUAAAACCU